AUGAAAGCCAUCCGGAAGUUGUAUCCCCUGUGUGUUGCCUGCAUGUUAUUUGUCUUUUAUCUUUCAGGGUCAAAAUCUCCGAAUGCUAUGGGUGAUGAUAUUGUCUAUAAAGCCACGAUAAUAACAGGACAGUUCCCGCGCAAGAUAUGGCAAACGUGGAGGGUCGACCCGCUAACUUUCGAGGAAAAAUACUUGUAUAUUGCACGCACAUGGAUUCAAAAAAACCCGGGAUAUCGAUAUGAGGUCCUAACAGACCAGAAUGAUCUAUAUUAUGUUGAGACACAUUUUGGACCCGCUGGUUUGAACCGACCUGACAUUGUGCAUGUCUAUAAAUCUUUAACAGCCAGAAUCAUCAAGGCCGAUCUUCUCCGCUAUUUGGUCAUGUAUGUUGAGGGCGGAGUCUAUACGGAUAUUGAUGUUGAGGCUCUUCGAUCUAUUGACCGGUUCAUCCCAGAUCGCUUUGAUGAGAGAGAUAUCGAUAUGGUAAUUGGGGUUGAGAUCGAUGAGCCUGAGUGGCGCGAUCACCCGAUACUUGGUUCCAAGUCAGAGUCUUUCUGUCAGUGGACGUUCAUGGCCAAGCCACGUCUACAACUUCUUAUGAGCCUAAUAGAUGGUAUUAUCGACUGGAUACUCGAGACAUCGCGCAGUCAGGGUGUUCCAAUAGCGAAUAUACAACUCAACUUUGACGAGGUCCUCGGUGGCACCGGCCCUUCAGCGUUUACAAAAGCCGUUCUGGCUGAUAUGAGUGCUCGCUCAGGACAGACAGUGACCUGGAAAACAUUCCAUAAUCUCGCCGAGUCCAAGCUCAUCAGUGGCAUUUUGGUGUUGACUGUGGAAGCAUUCGCUGCGGGCCAGGGACAUUCAGACUCGGGAAAUCAUAACGCUCGAACGGCUUUGGUCAAGCACCAUUACCAUGCGUCCUUGUGGCCGGAAUCGCAUCCACGGUUCAAACAUCCUAUGUACGGCGAGAUUGAGCGAUGCAAUUGGGAUGAUGACUGUAUUAGGGUAUGGGACGACAACGUGAAGAUCUUUGAUUCUCUCCCAAAGGAUGAGCAGAUUCGGCAGGUCGCAGCAAAGGAGGCGCGCGAAGCUACGUACAGAGAUAUCCUGGCGGAGCAAAGACUGCAGGAACGUACAACCGAUUAG